CUCAUUUAAAAAGUGAUCUCUAAACGUAUUUGGGAAUUCUGACCCCCUGACAAAAUGUCAUCUUUUACCUAUAACAUUAUGUAUUCAAUUGCCAUUGUGAAGUGCUGGACAAUUAUUAUUAUUCUGGUAUUGAUUUGUGGGUGUCUGUUUAUUAUUGUUAUUAUUAUGAUGAAAUAAUCCUGGCUCCCAUUUUUACGAUAUAUUUCAAUUAUAAUAGUGUCACCGUAUCGUACGUGCUGUAUUUUGAGAGUCCGUAACUAAUGCUGCGUAGGCAGGGCAGAAACAUGGCUUCUUGACGGGUGCUGGAAUAUUCGUCCCAGAAGUGAGGGCAUCCACGGAUUUAAACAUUGCAGUAGUCAACAUUUCCCGCUGAGGAGAUGGCGUUCAUGUCGAGGUUUUCGCGGUCGCGGAGCAGCUCCAGGUCCCCGAGCCGAAAGGACGCGGACGGGGGCUCCUCGGUGCUGACCGUGGCCGAGCUGGAGCGUCUCCUCUGCACGGGGAAGACAGCCUGCAAUCACGCGGACGAAGUAUGGCCGAACCUCUACAUCGGGGAUCAGGACAUCGCAGCCGACCGCCGUGAAUUAUCCAGACUGGGCAUCACGCACAUUCUGAACUGCGCGCACAGCAGGUGGCGCGGCGGCGCCGAGUACUACGGCGGCAUGCGCAUCACCUACCAGGGCAUCGAGGCUCACGACUCUCCCACGUUUGACAUGAGUGUUAAUUUCUACCCUGCAGCUGAGUUCAUACACAAAGCCCUCUGCAGUGGAGGGAAGAUCCUGGUUCACUGUGCCGUGGGCGUAAGUCGCUCUGCUACGUUGGUGCUGGCCUACCUGAUGAUCCGGCAGAACAUGACCCUGGUGGAGGCUAUCAAGACUGUGAAAGGUCAUCGCGGAGUGGUGCCCAACCGUGGAUUCCUGCGGCAGCUCAGCGGGCUGGACAGCAUCCUGAGAGCCAGUCGCAAGGUGUAGGGGUUUGGGUGGGAUGUGUAGACCCCAGCAUGGCAAACAAACACCAGCCUCUCCACACCCAUGACCAUCUCAAAGACACAUUGUCUCGAAUCUUCAGAGGUGCCUCCCCAUCCGCCCUUACAAACAUGUCUGUAGAGCCUCUUACAGUCCAAAGAGCCUUUUACUGAAUCCGUUAUCCUGUUCGACAACAAUGAGAGGGAGUCAGGGGUUUUAUGACACUGGUUGUGCAGCACUUCCCAGCAGGCACGCAAAUGCUCGGUCCGUGUCCUUUCAACCUGUGGUAUGUUUCAGUGUGUCAUACUCCUGAAUUCAUCUCUUCCUGAGAACUAUACUAUACAGGCCUUGUUAUGCACUCAAACAAUCAGACUACAAAGAUGUCAUGUCAAAAAACCAAUGUAGUAUCUAGAUGGUGAUUGAAAGGUUUUCUACUUCUUAAAUCAUAAGAGUAACACAAGUCAUGACUCAGCCUUUUAAGUACCCAAACCAAGAUGAACAAAGUUUUCAUCUCCCUGACUAGUUGCUUAGUCUCAUAAGGGGAGUAAUUUUAACCUCAGGGUUUUCAGCUUAAGUAGUAAGGAGUAUAUUUGUGUUGGUGAACUGAACUUUUGGUCAUUCGCCUUGACCUUUCAUUUCUGUAGGGAGUGUCUUCUACAGGCACACAGAUUAAUAACUUUAAAUAAGACUGAAUUGUUUGUUUUGACUUCACAUAGCCAAUGCCUUAAUCCAAAGAAACAUACAAUUUUACUCAUUUGUACAGCUGGGCAUUAAUACUGCGGUGUAGUAUUAGUGUAGUGAAACCAUAACAUGAGACUAGAUCACACACCAAGUAGGCACAUUAUCUGCCGAGACUCCAUGUAUACCCAGCAUUGUGUGCCUGCUGGUCAGUUAGUUAUGGUUAAUGGAUCCAGUGUCAUUUUUGAAUGAGUGUUCUCUUCUGUGGAGUACUGGAUUCGGCUGAAAAACCAGUCCAUGAACAAAAGACAUAUUUGUAGUAAUAGAUUUGUUGAUUUUAUUAAGCUCAAGACUGCCAGGGAAACUGAAGACUGCUUGACAGGAGUAGGAUCUCGUAGAUUCUGGAGCUCCUUCUCCGAGGAAAAGGCAUUUUAUCUUCAGUUCUCGUAGUGUUUGUCCAAGAGUCCGCUGCAAUGGACCAUGUAGAUGCACAUUGGAAUAAUUCUGUGACUCCAACAAUGAAAGUGUAGGAUGACUGCAGCUCCUUUGAAGAGGAAGUUACACUAUGUGAUCAGAGCGCAUGAAUUACCUCAAGUACCUUCAGCUGGGUUUCUCAGUGUUUCUCAUGUGAUUGUGUGUGAUUUGCCCUUCUGUACCUGGUAGAUUUCCCGUAGAUAUCAAAGUAAUUUUGUAGCAUUGAGUGGUUAACUAUUGUGUAGCUGACCAACUCCAGUGAGAUGUAGCAAAUUGUAAAUAGAUGUGCUGUUGGUGUUGGAUAGGUCAUUAGCCUGUGAUUGUGCUCUUAACUUUGUGGAAUGUUGACGUGUUAAUCUUAGUAGUGUUUCAAAGAACCUCUACUGGUCCGUUGAUGGGAUCUCACUAAGGAGACCUAGCCAGGGAUUAAAAAAAAAUAAUAAUUGAAAGAAGACUGUAUUCUAUAAUACUUUCAGCUUGUGUUCUGUAAUAGGAAGAAGGGUGUGUUUGCCAAACGGAGAAAGAUAAUGUAUGAUAAAUAUACAAAGACGAAAAUGGUCUUACACUAUAAUAACUGUCAUUACCACUACCCAAUCAGAUGUAAACUCAAGCUAAGUGCUAUCUCCAGCAAGUCCUUAACCAUCUUUGCUAAGAGACAUUUCAGCUUGAUAAAGUGAGGAUUGAAAAGGAGAGAGUGGCUCUUGUCCUUGACAGGAAGUCGUCACCAAAAUGCCACAUUGCGCCUCGUCGGCUGGGCUGCUGUGGCAUUGCCAGACUGCUCCCGCGUGAAACUCGCACCCUAUCGCCCACAUGCUGUGUUUUUCCUGUCAGCUAUAUGUUUGGAGGCCGGCAUGCAUCCUUGUUUAUGUUGCAUUAAGGUUCAUAAGUACCCGACAGUGCACAUAUCUACAACAGGUCAGUUCACAAGUACAGCUCUCGUCCCCCAUCACUGACUCAGUCCAUCAUUAAACCUCAGUAUUACUGUAAACCGCUUGUGAAACGUAGCCCUGGCCAAGUCUCAAACCAUCAUAGACUAGGCCUAUGAACAAGAAAAAGGACUUAUCAUAGCAUAGAUAGAAACUGAUUUGCUCCUUUCGUUGUCUAUCUGAAGGUCCCUUGAGCUUUAGUAGAAUGUGCUCACUGCUAAUGAUUGUCCGCGUCAAGCCCAUGUGUCUCUGUCAGCUAGGUGAUCCUCUCCGAGUCAAAUCCUCCUAGGAAGUAUAGGGAUAGACUCAUAGUAUCCACAUAGCAGUGCCCUGUUUACAGGUAGGGAUCAAAUUAUGCAUAUCUAAGAAGUUCAUUUAAUAUUAACAGCAACAAAAGUGGGUUAUCCUUCUGCAACGACUGAGUUGUUCUGAUACCCUAAUGUCCACUAUUUUUUUAUACAAUUUCAAAACAAAUAUCAUGUUACUGAGUCAUUUUACUUUGAUAUUGAAGCAUUGUUAUGUGAUGUUAAGGAUUUCUCAGGUCAGUGUUUUCGCAGUGCACUUCCUUUGAGCUUAUCAGUGUGUCCCGUAAAAGUGUCCUCUCAAGAUCACUGAGUGACAUUGUGAUUUUCAGGUCAGUCAUUUUUAGUUCAUCACCCUUCAGUGAGAAUGCUUUUGUUUGGGUUCCACUGUAAUGUCACUGCAAGGUUAAAUUGAAGCACUGAGUAUUUGUUAUAGUUUAUUUUUAUAUAUUCCAAAUUUGCUGACCAAAAAUGGAAUCUGUUUAUGCCUAGGGUUGCAAAACUCUGGGAAUUUUCCCGUUAAUUCUCAUAUACUCUCGUUAAUUCCCAUGGAAAGUUUCCAACUUGAAAUAUUUUCAAAAUUCCCCAGCUUAACUUCCCAUGGAAUGUGAAGUUCCAUGGGAAGUCCCUUUGGAACACAAGACAUGCCUGUUUAAUUUUCCAUUUUUUUUUUCUUCCAAGACAACUAAGAAUCUCAGUUUAUAUGUCAUUCUCACCACAAUUAACAAAUGCAGCUCUCAAUAUCUAGAAUAAUUGCUAGUUCAACGCAAGCAUAACUUGAUUCUCUAAAACCUUUAAAAUGAAAUAUAAAAAUAUGCAUCUUUAAGCAAAAACACCAGAAGGUAGUACUUGUCAGUUUGAGUCCAUCCUAUCUGGGACGCGACCAGCUAGAGAUCUGUGUUUCUAUUGCCUGUGUAUUGUUGUGAUUUGUGUUAUAUUAUUUAGUCAGUUGUGUAUCAAAUAAGUAUCUACAGCAUCUCUUCUAGGAAAUUGCAUAUUGUAUGUUCACCAGUGUGUAUGUAUGUGUGUGUAUAUAUAUAUAUACAGCUUAGGUGCUAUAAGCUGUCCAAUGCCAAGGACCCCGCUGAACAAUCAUAAAAUUGAAUUUCAGCCUGAAACACUCUGAAAGACAAAACCAACCUACUCUAACAAAUGGGAUUUGCCUGUAUGUAAGAUUAGAGGCUCUUUUCCAGGACCCUCAAGUUUGAUCUUCCGGUUAAUAAUUUUUAUUACUUAUUCAAUGGCCUUAUGGGUAACACUUUUCUAAUAUAGUUGCCUUGAUGUUACCUUUUCAAGAUGAUUUGAUCUUGCUUAGAGCUGAACGUGAAAGGUAUGUCAUUUCAAGGCAGGAACAGGCCAAAAACAUCACUUGUGCUUUUUCAUCAAUAAAGCAGCUUGACUCGUGCCAUGUCGUAAAGGACAAGGCUUGGAAUUGGCAAAUUUGAACCAGCAGGGGGCUCUGUGUGCACAACUGUGUUUGGGAUCUGUAAAUGGCAAAAUUAGGCAAAACUGCAUAAAGACGGCAAAACAUAGGAUGGCUCAAGUGCCUGCCAGAGGCACGAGGGACUGUGCUACUCACCCUGCCAACGUGCCGAGAAUGUAGAUACUCAAGGCAGCUUUCCAGGAUUAGAAUAUAUUGGUGUGAUUUCAAGCACAUUGAUCUUAAUUCACACCUGUCUCACCAGAUUCCUGAUGUCAUUUUAAAAAAGAGGCAUGCAUUAACAAACACAGAAGAUGAAAGUAUUUUUGUGGAGUGUUUUUGUUUAAUUUUACAGACAUGCAGGUUGUCUUUCAGCCUCUAGUUGGCGCUGUUGGUUUCGGGAAAUCAACUAAUUGGUAAAAUAAAGACGAGGUGAUGUAUAACUACACAAAAAAAAAAAAAAAAAGAGUAAAAGGGAUUUCAGCUUAGCUCAACUGAGCGGCACGUGGAGCGUUCCGAGGGAUUCACAUGCGACUCUGGUGUUCUGUGGUUUGUGUGUGUAGAUACGGUGUCUUAGACGAUUGGUUUUUUUGCACCUUGUUGGCAUAAGAUUUUGAGCAAUCUGUUUCUACAUUAGUACCAACUUGUUUUAAACAAAAAACCUUCGGCAGGAAUACUUGAAUUAUUUGUAUUGAUUGUUAUUUUUGUAUCACCAGAACAUGUGAAAGUAUUUGGAAACAAUAUAGGUGAUUAUGAUGCCUUAAAUGUAUUUAGGAUUCUGCCUAUUUCUUCACUGAACUCUUACUACUCAGUGUUGUGUUUUAAAAUGCUUUCUUUUAAAUAAAUGUACUGUUCAAAGCUGUGUAUUCCAAUAAAGAUGUUCUGUGUAACGCCA